UUCUCUCCUCCAGCCAUUCUCCUCAGCUCCCCGUCUUUUCUCCUCUCAUCUAUCUAGAUCUCUUGUGCACAGUGCGAGUGUUUCUGGAUCUCUUGUGCACCGUGCGAGUGUUUCUGGAUCUCUUGUGCACCGUGCGAGUGUUUCUGUGUUUGUCCCGGUCGGUGAGCGCGGCAGACGAGGGGAGUCAUGUCUUCCCAGCAGCUGUGUCUGAGGCUGGUGGGGCUCGGAGUCCUGCUGGCAGCGUUGAGCCUUACAGAUGUCUCCAGUGAUAAAGGUCUGGAAAGGAUCUUGAAAAAGAGAGAAGUGGUGGGGGGCAGUAGUGCACCUGUCCGGGCUGCGGUGGCCGUCCCUGCCUCCAGCAAGGAGUUCCUGGCCAAACUACGGAGGCCCAAGAGGAACAUCUGGGACCGCAGUCGGCCAGAUGUUCAGCAAUGGAUCCAGCAGUUCAUGUACAUGGGAUUUGACGAGACGAGGCUGGAGGCGGACCUAUCUUACUGGAUGGACCAAUCCCGCUCCAGCGACCAGGGGCGUCAGCACCACUACGAUGAGAACUCUCCCAUCGGACCAAGAUACCCCAGCUCCUACCGCCACGGAGCCAACGUCAACUACGACUACUACUAGUCAACAUGAACUAGUACUAGUCAACCUGAACUAGUACUAGUCAACCUGAACUAGUACUAGUCAACCUGAACUAGUAGUAAUCAACCUGAACUAGUAGUAGUCAACCUGAAUUAGUAUUACUCAACCUGAACUAGUACUAGAACAUAUUCACUCCUAACAUAGCCUGGGUGAAAAACUACUCUGUUCACUCUGCAGUUAACCAAGUCAACGUAAACAAUGACUUUCACUAUUCUAAUCCUACUAGUGUUUUAGUCUGUGUAAACUACUCACUAAUGUAUUAGCUAAUCUCACUAUACAAACCAAGCUCCGCCUCUCUUUAUGUAACUGGGUUUGAACCCCAGAAGUCAUUAAAAGAACUACAGUGAUGGAGGAAACUCUUCAGCUCACCAAUGGGAUUUCCUCUGGGUACUGUAGUGGGAUUUUGUACAUUGUAUAUCAGCAACAUUAUAACAAAACUGUUGCUCCUGUUUGGUAGCUUGGUAUCACAACAAUUAUUACCUUAUCUGUUUUGUUAUUGAAACCUUGUUCUUUUGAAAGGAAGGCUUGAUGCUGUAAAGUUCAUUAAGUACAGAAUGUUGUGUACACUAGUGUGCGCAAGGCUGUCAUCCUUGCAGGAUUAAUAAAGUUUCCUGACUCUC